UCGCCGUACAGUGAUCUCGCAGCUUGUGUUUCAGCAAGUGGUUCGGUUUGUGUGUUUUUAUCAACAUGUAUGAAUAUCCGACGUUCCAGUAUGGAAAGUCUCGUUUUGAUCAGAACACGUUUUUUGGUCGAUUCAGGCACUUCUUGGAUGUGAUUGACCCCAGCACCCUUUUUGUGACAGAGAAACGGCUGCAGGAGUGCAUCGACAUGCUUGAUCACUUCAGACAAGGAACUCUGCCUCCAGGUGUGACAGAUGCUCAGCUUUGGCAAGCUCAGAAAAUAAAGCAGGCCAUAAUCCACCCUGACACCGGGGAGAAGAUUAUCAUGCCCUUUCGGAUGUCAGGUUUUGUCCCAUUUGGCACACCAGUGGUCGUUGGGCUCCUUCUGCCAAAUCAGACCUUGGCAUCGACUGUCUUUUGGCAGUGGUUAAACCAGAGCCACAAUGCGUGUGUUAACUAUUGCAACCGCAAUGCUUCAAAGCCAGCUCCGCUUGCCAAAUUUGUGCAGGGCUAUCUCGGGGCAGUGACGACUGCAGUCUCUAUAGCGGUGGGUUUGAAUGUGUUAAUCCAGAAAGCCAACCACUUCAGCCCUGCAACCAAGCUUUUGGUGCAGAGAUUCAUUCCAUUCCCAGCAGUGGCAAGUGCCAACGUGUGCAAUGUGGUUCUCAUGAGGCACACUGAGUUAUCAGAGGGCAUCAGUGUGCUUGACAACAAUGGAAACGUGGUGGGAACUUCAAAAGUGGCUGCCAAGCAUGCACUUCUAGAGACAGCCAUGACCAGAGUGGUCAUGCCAGUGCCAAUCGUGGUGCUUCCUCCUGUCAUCAUGGCUGCACUGGAAAAACUCCCUCUGCUCCAGAGGCAGCGGAGGCUUGUUCUGCCCGUCCAUAGUCUGGUUUGUCUCGCUGCCUUCGCCUUUGCUCUGCCUCUUGCUAUCAGCCUUUUCCCACAGAUGUCCCAGAUCAGCGUCAGUCAACUGGAGCCAGAAAUCACAGCAGCAACAGAUUGUCAGGUUGUGACAUACAACAAAGGACUGUAAGCAUUUUUACCCAUAAAGACGUGAUGCUCCUCACGGCCUGAACCCUCUGAUCCUGCCAGAAGGUGACGUAUGUUCAAAUCAGCUCUGUUAGGAGGUUGCAGCAGCAUUAGGUUCAGGAGGGCUACAGAACAGCAAAUGCGGAUGUGUCAAAUUAGUAGUCGUGCAUGACAGUGUGUGAUCAAGAAGCCAACGCAAGUUUUUAUUUCUUAAAAAAAAAAUAAAGCAGCAUGCUACAGUUAAUGCAUGAGAAACUAGAAAGGUCUCAGUUUUGGCAUUGGUUCAUCAUCACACCUGCAUAAAGUUGUGAGAAUUUUAAUAUUGAUCUAGUGAAAACAUUAAAUCACAAGAUUUUUUGAAAUGUUGGUACAGUUUGAAUUCUACUUGAACACCAACCAAGACGUGUGGGGUGAUUAUUCUGUGGGUUUUUCUGAUGUCUGUGUGGCUUUUUUGAGUGUUUUGAAGAAAGAUAUAAAAGGAAAUAUUUAUUUUGAAGAUCCGUAACACCAAACUAACACCUGAUAUGUUUGUCAAAUGCCACCCAGUACAGUUAACUUAAAUAAUUCAGGCACCAGUCAUACUUUAAGUAAAAAUAAACUUGGUUGCUCAGUGUAAGCAUAAGUACAUAGUAAAUACUGCUGAGGCCCACUGGUGUGUGGGUCUGUCGACUAAAUAUGCUGGAGUCCGUAUUGUUGUGUGGAACUUUCUAUUUAUAUAUGGUUCAAUGAAGUCAUUCAUGAUACUCCACUAAUUUAAUGUAUUAAUGUUAAAUUUGUUUCAAUUUGGCCCCAACAGCCAAACUAACUUUGAGCAGCUUGGGGUUUAAUAUCUUUCUCUAAGACAUUUUGAAAUACAAACAUAUUCAGGGAUGUAGUUUAAGAACAACACACACUUUAAUUUGUUUGUUUCUGUGAAGUGCUACUGUUUGGCCUUAAUGUUUUUCAGACACAUUAAAUGAUUAUAUCUUAAAUAUUUGAAUUUAAAAUGACAAUAUUUGCCUUGUUUCCAGCCUGCUGUGAAUGAAAAGAUUAUGAAAUAAUUUGAAUAUUUGCAGUCAGAGGCAAAUAAUGUGAUGUGUACAAUUAUUUAUACAAAUCACUUUAAUAUCACAGCUAUUAUGUCUUGUAAAGAAAGAGAUAAUUUAUUUAAAUUUUUUAUGUAUUUUUGAAAUGUAUUUGAUGGUCUUAAUGUGCAGAAGUACUCUUUCCAAAUGCUGUUUUUUUGUUGUAUAUCAGAUGAUUUAUAUAAACAGUCUCUCUUCA